AGCCUCCCAGAAGCACAGGGCGGAGGCAGUUGGAAGCGCCAUGUUGGGUGCAGCGGCGGCUGUCAAUAAGGCGAAGAUCAUCUGUCAACAAUGUUUGGCUCCGGGACAUUGGACCUACGAGUGCAAAAAUGGAAGCACCUACCAGGUCCGGGCGAGUGCCAGCAGACAGUUGCGGCAGAAACGCUUCAAACAAGCCUUUCUGGAAGAAGAGGCGCCUGCCGUGCCUCACAAUGCCUUUCUAGGUGAUGAUCGCAUGCGCUUCGGGACCAGGAAAGAGGCGAACGAGCCCCCCGAGAAGAAACCAAAGACGGAGAAGGAUGAGAAAAAGGAGAAAAAAGAAAAGAAGAAAAAGAAGGAGUCAUCCUCUAGUAGCAGUUCAGAUAGCUCGGACAGCUCCAGUAGCUCCAGCUGAUCAAACAACUUGGAAAAAAAAGGUGCAGA